AUGGGCCCAGAUCUAGCUUCAAGUACCACCUUGAAGCCCGUCUUGCUAUCUGAGUCUGCUCUGACAGAGGAACUGCCACCACCAACUAGCUUACCAGGUGGAGAGAUGGUUGCAGCAGUGCUGCAUAUCUUAACAAAGGUCGCGUCGCAAGUAGACAUGGUUCUACAGAAUCCUCAAAACCUUCAGAACCCUCAGCCCACCAUGUUUCCGCCGCAAUCAGACAUGGUUUUACAGACACCACCAGACAUUCAGCAACCUGUUCAGCAGCCUGUUCAACAGACCAUAUUUCCGUCGCAAUCAGAGGCGUUCUUCAGGAAUAAGCAAAAUUUCUCUAUCAAUUUUACCAGUGCAUAUCAGGCAACGGAAUCGACUGAUACCUCAUCCACGUCCUGGGCUGGUAAAACAGGUGGUAAAAGACCUCUUCGAGGCUCUGGAGAAUCUCCAUCAAAGUACAUCACUGUGGCAAAGCACCGGGAUCAAGAUCUACAUAUGGAAGUGUUAGAAAAAGCACAUGUGGAACAGCUUUCUCGAGAAAUCAACUCUCUUCACGCCAACAAUGAAGGCCAAGAACGAACCAUUGCAAAUAACAAAGCAGAGCUUGAAUAUAUGCUGACACAGCUGUCAAAAGUUAUGAGCACUGUGAAAGAGCAGGCCACUGAUCUAUGUUCUCAGGAUGAGGAAAUCACCAAAAAGAAUGAAGCCAUCAAUGAGCUACAGACUAAGCUUCAAGAAGAACUCACUAAUUGUCAGCGCAAACACCUCAAGUACACCCAGUGGUACGAUACCAAUGCAACGCAAGGAAGACAGGAGAUAAAGAAUUUGAAAAAUGAGCUCACCAAUUUACAGCAUCAAUUAGCUGAUGCCAAGGGGCGUGAAUCUGACACAACUCCCUUGGAGGCCGAGAGGUUGCGUUUGGAAGGUGUAUUGGCCAAUACCAAGGCUCAGCAUGACACGGAGAUGCACAGAUUGCGUGCAGCUACCCAGGCCGAUGUUGCCAGUGCGAAUGCUCACAUGGAAGGUGCUGAACGACAAGCUAGGGCAGCAGAAGAGAAGGCUAAACAGCCACCCUGUCUGCUACACCAUGAGAUAUGA